UCAUUCUGAUCCGGGAAAAGCUCAUGAAAAAUAGCAAUCGUUGUGCGUGGCUCAAAGCAAGGGGGCAGGGAGAUGAGAUGAGUAGGCACCUCGGUGUAACAGCACUUCCAUUUGUAAUGUUUCAUCCGCGGUUUAUCACACGGUCUGACAGCGGCACUACCACAUCAAACAGAGGAGCGCAGACACACUCACAUGCUAAUAUGGAGGGGUUUCUGUAUUGUAUAAUUUACAUUCAAAUUUACUAAACUAAAAGAUAGGUAUAGUUUAAACGUACUGGCUACACGCUCGGGGGAUAAAUGAUUCGCACUCGCUCCUGCUUUUCGCAAUUUUCUGCGCGUACAACUAUAUCACGAAGUUGAAACAGUCCGCUCCUCCCAAACUUUACAAGCCCUUGCAGCUUUCCUGCACACAGAUAGCUGUGCUCUGAUUGCUGCGAAGGGAGAAGAAGAGUGCGUUUACCUUUAGCAUUUUUUAAAGGAAAUACUGUUUUUUUUACCCCCUUGAGUCAUGUAUUUCACCCUGUAAUGUCAGGAGAACAGGAGAAAGACACCAUCUCUCUUAAAAGAAAUAGAGGUGGAGAUGGAGGGUUGGACGGCUUAGGAGGGCCAGGAGGGCCAGGCACACUUCUGGGGAGCCCUGAUAAGAAAAAACGCAAGUCAAACACCCAGGCUUCUUCAUUUGCACCUCUUUCUGAAUAUGCUCCACCACCAAACCCAAGUGCCGAACACUUAGUAGCUGCAAACCCCUUUGAUGACAACUACAAUACCCCGUCGUACAAGCCGCUGCCUUCUGGAAACCCUUACUUUGGUCACCCUCAUUACCCAGGUUUCGGUGGAUAUGGCCCUCACAGGAUGCCGCCCCAUAUGUCUCCCAGGAUGCCCUCUGCUUAUGGAGGUCCCUACCCAAUGCGAAAUCAGCUCCACCCAUUUGCUCAAAACCAAAUGGGCAUGGGCUUUAACCGACCUCCGGGCUUUAACUAUGGGCAUCAUGAGAGUCCCGGUUACGGAAAUCACCCGGUGUUCAACAACAAUAUGCCCCUACCACCUAAUCAGCCUUUUAGGCCUGGGCCAGGAGACCACUUCAGCCAAAUGCCCCCACACAGUAUGAACCAGAACUCCGACAUGGGCCCGAACUUUGGGCAAGAAGGUAACUCAAAUAUCAAUCCACCAAUGGCACCUAACAUGGAUGCAAGUCCUGGUUUUAUGCAGCCACAGAAUAACUUCAACCAGACAAGUGCUCCUAUGCCAAAACAAGACUUUAGCGAAGCCACAAGUAAAAGCGUCUCUCAAAACCCGGCCCCGUGUAAGCAAAGUCAGAAUCCCGAGGACAAUGUUUGUCAGGACAACAGUGCUGACCUGAAGACGAUCAGCAGGAGUGCUCCUGCAAAUCAAGACGGCAGUCAUUCGAACACUCUGGACAAGCUGAACGGCAUGCACCCCAAUAACGACGCUCAGAAGAACCCUACGCAGCCCUGCGGGGCUGUGGAACAGGCACCCCCGAAGAGGAGCAGCAGUGGCAGUAGCAGCAAUAAAGCAGCUGUUCUCCUCAACAGGCCGGGCCACUCAUCCACUGAUCCCGUUUAUCCCUGCGGAAUCUGUAUGAAUGAAGUCAACGACGACCAGGAAGCCAUCUUGUGUGAGGCUUCCUGUCAGAAAUGGUUCCACAGGGUUUGCACGGGCAUGACAGAGACAGCCUACAAUCUUCUGACUGCUGAGGUGUCCGCAGUGUGGGGGUGUGAUACCUGCAUGGAAGGCAAAGGUGUCCCCCUGAUGAGAACCAGAGAGCUAGUGGGACAGCAGUCGGUUAACGCCGAGGGAUAACAGCGGCCAUGAUCCCGUUGGAAAACCCUGAAUGGGGUUCUCUUCUCCUAAUGGUUACGGCAGUGUUUUGAUAACCAGGAGCUGAUGGUCGUCUUUGAUGAACAUAAAGUGAAUAAAAUCACAUUACAGUAUUGGUAUAACAGGGUAAGGAGUUCUGAAUAAAAGUGUGAUUAGAACAUCUUGUUUUUUCAUUUUGGUUGUGGCGGCUCCUGGAGGUGGGUAAGCAAGCAGUUGAACAUUUUUUAUGCCUCUUUGCACUAAAAACAAAUCACAAAAAAGGUGUGGUUGUGUCACGUUGCAUUUCAAAAAUGUAAAAGUGACCAAAGCUUUAGGUGCAUAAGGGAUAUAAUUAAUAAUGCAUAAAGAGCUAAGGACUAAAAGCAGGCAUUUUUGCAACUUGUCCUACAAAGGUACUUAAAUGCAAAUGAUUAGUUGUGCAAUGAGCUAGUUAUAAAUUGCAUUUGAUUCUUAAAUAAAGUCACCUGUUAAUGUCAAAUUUCAGUUUAGCCGUGCAAUAUAAUCCAGGCUAUUUCAAAAUUUUCAGCACGCCUCUAACAUACAGCACAUGAAGCGCACAUUAGACUAUUAUAAAUUGUCAGUAGCAUUUGAUCUCCCUUCAGUAUAAGACACUUGAGACUGAAUUUGUCCAUUUGCUUGUCCAAGUGAAGCAAAGCAAGGCAGUUAAAUAUAAUAAGAAAAGCUGUACUCAAUAAUCUUAGUACUUCAAAAGCAGUAAGCAAAUUAUAACUACUGUACAUAGAGCAAAGAUACACAUGUACAAAAUGGUCUACAGCCCUUUAAUGUAGCAAGAAUGAUACACUCCAUUUAACUGAGGUGUAGUCCUGUAGUUUGGAUACUGAACAGAUGCCCCAUAAAGAGGUACAGAGUGUAGAAGAGACACUUGUUCCUUCUGCCCUUCUGGUUGUAGAAUUACUGCUCUGGACUGUUUUGAAUAAUAACAACCAGUGUUUAAUAAAGGAUGUUAACCAAAGUGAAUAUUAAAUCAUACAAUAAAUUGUGAUUUAUACCUAAGUUCCUCCUCUAGGUUCACAAUCUGUUUUCUUCUUUCAAAAACUAAGACUCAGAAAAUCCUUGCCAAUUUAGACCUGCAGCAUGAUGAACUUUUCCAAUGGUUUUCAAAAGCAGAGUCAGUUCCACAUCAAGUCCACUUCAGCUGAGAAAAGGCAACAAGGGAGUGCUAAAUUGCUAAAUUGGAUUUUGUGACUGCUGCUGGAGGCCAGUUUCCUAUAAUAAACAGUAAAAGAAAAGUAAUAUGUGAAGUUAAAUGCCAUCACAGUUUAAUGAACAGGCUUUGAGUAUUCCAAAACUCAUUUCUGAUUUAUGUCUCCAUGUACUUCAUUGUUUGCCAUUUCAGUAUGACCUUGUCAUCUGUGAAUGAAAAGAGCAUUGUCUCACAUAUUGGACAAUGACAUUUAAGUAAAUGUGUUCUAGCAGUGUAUUAUCUUGAUUAUGUUGUGUAGCAAGUUGAUGAAUUUCCUAUUUUGAAGAUUAAAUGUUUUGGUGAAUAAAAGUGAUAUUUUUUUACAGUAAAUAUUGUGGCACUAGUACAAUUUGUUUUUGGAAUUAGAAAUCAGAGGAGGUAAUUAUGAUGUUGUGUAUAAUUUUGCAUCUCUCCAAGUCUAAGAACACUAUGUUUUUUUUUUAUUUCAGAAAAGCAUUUGAAAUUGCAAUAAAAUGUUUCGGGUGAGAGAGAAUGGUUUGUGCACAAUAUUGUGUUUUGUGGUGUUUUUCCACUAUUUGUACUUGUUCCUUACAGUAUAUUUGAGUACUGGUUAUGUUACCAGUAUGUGCUGAAACAAGAAAUGGAAAAUUCUAAUUGCAUUUUUUGUUUGUUUUUUUAAUCUGUUGGAAUAUGAUCUAUUGGGACUGUUUUGUUUGCUUAUGUACUGCUAACCUGUGCAAUUGAGUCAAAUGCUUAGCAUGUACAUAAAAUAUUUUAAAUUGUUCCACAUUGGUGACAUUAUGUAUGCUUACAUUUUUUAUAAAUAGCAGAAAUGCCAAAUGUAGGGAGUAAAAGGGUAAAUGUGUGUCAUUCAAAUUGAAAUAUAAUUUAAUUUCCUGUUCAGCAAUUCAAUUCAUGUGAACUAAAUUACUGUGUAAUUCAAAAAUAUUUAAAUAUUUUAUGAUUUUAAUAUACUAAGGUUUGAUUUAUUUGAUGUGAGGGGGGCUAUUGAGUUGAUGUACAGUACACUGUGGCUGAUAAAAUGUUACCAGCAUUGAAAUGUGUGAGUAUAUAUAGACAUGGUUGUUCUCAGGAUUAGUGUUGGAGAGAGCAUUUAAAACAGACAUUCUCUAUGCAUUUAUACAGUAUACUGUACCUAGUACCACACACCAGACACAGCUGUGGAAUACUUUUUUGUAUUGGAGCUCUUUUAUGUGAUUGCAGUAAGGUUUCUGUAGACCUCUGUUCUUGGUAAAUGAUUAUUAAACCCUUCAGACAGAGUGGUUUGACACUGAAAAUAGUUUUUUUUUUUGCUUGGGUGGUGACCUGGAAAAUACUUGUUUUAUGGGCCUAAGAUUUGGUGCUGGUAUUUACAGAAACGAAAGGAGACCAUUAACUUGUUAUGCUAAUUAAUACCAGAAACAAAUAACACCUUGCAACCAUUGUUGCAUUUCAACCGCAGGCAUUAAACAGCCCCUUUUGUUUAUGUUACCAACUGAAUAGACUACUGCACAUCUUUCAGGGUAAUCUGAGUUGAAAACAGACAUAUAUUUGGUUUUACAUCAUAUCGACUAUUAUAAAAUUUAUUUUGAAAUAUUGUAGCUGAAUGCUCUGUAUUCCGGAUGCUUUGGUGAGGCAGUUAAUUUUAGAUAAAGAUGGUUAUUACCCUGUCCCAUGCCACGCCAAGAGAACAGGUUCAAUACAAUUUACUAAAGAAAUGACAUAAAAGGAAAGCUUUAGUUUAUGUUUUUUCUACAUUAGGUGAAGUUAAUGUUAGAUACAUUUACCCAUCAUUAAACAUGUCAGGUUUAAAAUAGAAUAAUACCAAUACUGUCUGAUUACUCAAGCAAAGAAGACACAGAAAAUGGUCUUUUUUGUGUUUUUUUCCUGUUUUUUUUAAGCACUAUUAUACAAUAAAAGCUAGACAGGGCUAUAAUUGUUAUUGCACACUGCUUUCUAAAGAGAAUUUAUCUUUGAAAUUUGAAUGUUUAAUCUUGAGUACUGUUGGCAUUUUUUUCGGUACAUAUUUACACUAGAUGACUGUUGACACCAGAUGCCUUAAAUGUGCUGGUUUGUAUAUUAAUGAGACUGUGUUGCUGCAUCAAGGUAAAUAUGUAGCUUUCUGAGUUUCUGAGGGAUGUUAAUUCUUCUACUCCUUCUGCAGCUGUGUCUGCUAUCUUCUACUUUUGCCUGCUACAUUGCUGUUUAAUGAUGUUUGGUACAACUUACAUGGCAUUUUAGAAACGUGCUAGAUUUAAUGAUAAUGUGCAAAUAAUUUCAUUUCAGGUAUUGAAUGUACAUGUAAUAUAACUGCAGUAUAAAAAGAUGAUUUGUAACAACUCAAAAAUGUGCUUUUUCCAUACCAAGUGUGAUUAUAGUAGUUUUUUCUAAGUCCUCAUAAAGGUACAGAACUAGUCGUCAGCUGACAUAUUUGUACCACUGAAAUAUCAGUACUUCAAAUACAAUUCAAAGACUAUGCUCUGUCUAUAUUGUUGAAGAUGGUGUUGAAUAAAAACUUUAAAUGAU